GUCUGACUGACAUUCGUUUGACAUUUCGCUCCAGCUGAUUCGAACGAAUUUAUAUCGAAAUUCGCAAUUUUAUUUAGUUUUUAUAUAAAGUGGAAAUAAAUACAAAUAUACAGGUCCACGGUUCAACAAUUUAUAAUGUUUAGGAAUAAUCUGAGAUUGAGUUUGGUAGCGAGAAGUAAUGACUUACAGCUUCAAAGAUGCAAACACACAAGCAAGCUGGACGCCAUCAGGGAGAAGCUGCGCGAGGGCCCCGGGCUUGCGGAGUUCGUGUCGGAGGACCGGCCCAAGGACUGGGCAGAGUAUGAGGGCAAGCUGAAACGGGAGAAGGGUGAGCGUGAGCGGCUCCGACUGCCACCCUGGCUGAAAACCAAGAUACCCACUGGUUCAAAGUUCAAUGAGCUGAAGCAACAGCUGCGCAGCCUGAAGCUGAGCACAGUGUGUGAGGAGGCGCGCUGCCCCAACAUCGGCGAGUGCUGGAGCGGCGGCAAGAACGGCACCUCCACUGCCACUAUUAUGCUGAUGGGCGACACGUGCACCCGCGGCUGCAUGUUCUGCUCCGUGAAGACGUCCCGCGCCCCGCCGCCGCUGGACGCGCUGGAGCCGCGCCGCACGGCGCAGGCCGUGGGCCGCUGGGGGCUCGGCUACAUCGUGCUCACCUCCGUCGACAGGGACGAUUUGGAAGACGGAGGGUCAGCACAUUUUGCAGAAACCGUCAAAGAAAUAAAGAAGCAAAACAAGGACAUCCUAGUGGAGUGCCUGGUGCCCGACUUCCGCGGCUCGCGACCCUGCAUCGAGCGCGUGGCGUGCAGCGGGCUGGACGUGUUUGCGCACAACGUGGAGACCGUGGAGCGCUUCACGCCCUUCGUGCGCGACCCCCGCGCCUCGUACGUACACGGGCGUGCACAUACGACCCCCGCGCCUCGUACGUACACGGGCGUGCACAUACGACCCCCGCGCCUCGUACCGUCAGUCGCUGCGCGUGUUGGCGACUGCGAAGGAAGUGAACCCCGAGCUGGUGACCAAGUCCUCCAUCAUGCUGGGGCUCGGCGAGACCGACGAGCAGGUCGAGCAGACCUUGAAAGACCUGCGGGCGGCGGGCGUGGACUGCGUGACGCUGGGCCAGUACAUGCAGCCCACCCGGCGGCACCUGCAGGUGUUCCAGUACGUGACCCCGCGCAGCUUCGAGCGCUGGCAGCGGCGCGGCGCCGAGCUGGGCUUCCUGUACACGGCCAGCGGGCCGCUCGUGCGCUCCUCCUACCGCGCCGGCGAGUUCUUCAUCGCCAGCCUGCUCCGAGCCAGGCGGGCCGACACCGCGUGACCGCAGGACCGAUACUUGCUUCACACGUAGGUAUACCAUAUCCGACGCUACCACGCAGGCGGGACUAACUUGUGUGAUCUUCUCUAGGUUUAUUAGUUCAUAAUUAGAGAGCGUAGAGCAGCAGACGAAGAGCGCUCGUGUGUGAUGACAGCAGGUCUAACAAUUGUAUCACAUUUGUUUGACAUAACGUAUACAGUCUCACAGACGCAUUCUAUAAUAAAUAUGUACGGUACUUUUCUUUUUAUUAAGAAAUCUAUGCCCGUCACGCCCAUCUCAUCUGAUGUUAGUACACGUUUGGUGGCGAGGUGGUACACGUUCACUAAAUAAAUGCCUGUUCACAUUCAUUUUGAGGAGGAGUGAGUAGGCAGGGAACAGAAGUGGGGCGAGGUAUGCAAUCGGCCCAGCAGCGCGCACACGGCACGUUUUCUAUGGAAGCCGUUAAAUGGCGUACUGACGAUAUGAAGAUGAUAUUACAAAUCACGACCACAAAAUAUAGUGAUACACCAAAUCCUUUUUGGCCGCCCUGCUUUUUUGAUAUCGUUGCACAAGUUCUAUUCAUUGUAAUACCACUUCAGUGAUAGCGUUCAAUAUACAUACCUGUUGAGUUAACCAUAUUUUCUUGUUUCUUAUUCGUUUCCUUGCUUCUGAGACUGUCGAUUAUGUCACAUAAAUGUUUAUCCAAAAUAUGAUAAAUACUAUCACCAUCAGUUAAACCGAAAACUCAACGUCAUCUGUCUAGUCCGAUGUAUAUUGAUGUAAAAAUUUAUAAAACAAAUAUGUAUAAUUAUUGUAAAUAAGCACCUACCUAAAGUUGUGAUUAAGUCAAAAAUAACUAAUAUUUUACUUCGAGACAGCAAUGAAUAUAAAGGCGAAUCUCUAAAAAUAUUCAAAAUAAGUCAUACAUAAUUAUGUAGAUAAUAGUUUUUGUAUAAUGGACCUCAAUGUAGAUUAUGUAGUUACCUAUUUGUUUUACCCCCUCCGAUUGAUUGAGGGGAGGCCUGUGCCCAGCAGUGAGACGUAAUAGACUAUUUUAUGUAUGUUACUCGUAUAUUUAGUAUUGUUAACUUAGAUAUUGUAGAAUCUGUAUAAAUACUCAAAGAAAUGUCCCUACCUGCAGAUGUACAUUAAACCAAUUGUUAAAGUUUUGUUAAUAUUUAUUUGUUAUUUGUCGCUUUAGGAAAGUGUAAAUAAAGGCUAAUAAGGAAUAAAUUAUAUUCUCGUA